AUGGAGUGGGAAAGCAAAUUUUCUUCAAUCGUACGUGAAACAGAGACGAAUUUAGCGAGAGUUCGGGACCGCCUGGGUUCUUCAAGCAAAACAAAAGAAUCGGGUCGGUCAAGGGAAAACCAUUUUGGCGCCUCCAUAAGUCCAGGGAACCUUCGAUCUCAGACUUCCCGAAGUCCUCAUAUUUCAGUUAUGGCUUGGGAUAAACUCAGCCCUGUGAAAACUGUUGGCAUGGCAACUAGUGUUCCCUCAAGUCAGGCAUCACCUGCUCUUGUUAAUGCAUUGUUUGAAAGGGUUGAGGAACAAGCUGAGCUAGUGAGUCAUUUAAGUGACACCGUCAGGGGACUUGAGAAAGAGAGAGAAACUCAUGCUGCAGAGAUCAAGAGAAUGAGAGAUGAAAUAAACAGACUGAAUGAAAGGCUAAGAGAAAAGGGAGUAGACAUUGAAACAGAACGAAAGUUAGAGCAAUUUAAGCGUGAUGUAUAUAGCCAGCUGGAAUUUGUCCAAAGCCAAUCCAAGUUAAGACAGAGUACAAGUGAAAACUCCCAUCGCAGUGAUCCAUCUGUCAUCAAUGAAGCGAGAAGAGUUAUAGAAGAUGAGACAGAAUCUUUACAAAGAGAUAUUGAACAUCUUAAAACAAAGAUGGGAAAGCUGGAAAUUGAGCUCCACUCAUCACUUAGUGACUCAAGAGAUGUACUUCGUAAACAGGAAAGGCUGGACAGAGUUCUGUCAUCACUUUCGGAGAAUCAGCGCUCACAGUCAAAAAGCUUAAGCAGUAUAGUUGAUGAGAAGCAAUCAGAUUCAUAUGAAAUACGGCAACUUAAGCAUCUUGUAAACCAAGUUAGACGACAGUUUUCUGAUCUGGAAUCUGAGUUUCAGUCCAGCAUCAGAAAUUCAGGAGUUUCAAGUAAUAAUUCAUCUGUGAGGCAGUCCCAACUGCGUGCUUCAACACAAGCAAGAUUUAUGAAUGGUGAUGCAAAAUCAAAACGAAAAGGAACUAAACAUAAAUCCAAGGCAGCAGUGGAUGAUCUUGUCCUGUCAAGCAGUAGUGAUAAUGAUCUGAGUUUGACAACACUGGAUGUUAGUAGUCCUAGUGACUCAGAGCUGAUGUCAUUGAAGCUCGACAGGUCUCACAAAGGAGUGUCAGGAAAUGGAGUAGGAAGCAUCUCAAGUUCAUCACUCAGUUCUUUGGACUCUGACGAUUUACUGAAGGAAUUAUCACAUUAA